CUGGCGCUAGUUUCUGCAGCCAAGGUCAGCUGUGAAGAUCAAAAAUAGAGCUGGCUUCGUUUGUCAUCCAGCCUUAGGCGCCACCCAGUAUCUUUGUCCGAGUCUUGAUGGCAGUACAAAAUCGCAGAGACCACAGGAAGUCAUGACCGAUGCACCCAUGACAAAGACCGAUCCAGAGGCAGAGGAACACUACACCCGUCUCCACAUUGCGCCUCUGAAUCCCGAGCUCCUCAAGGUCAUUGUACCACAAGCUGUCCUCCCAAAAGCUCGCGAAAUCUCCUACCACACACUCCAGGCCUUCCCCGAGCGGCCAUACGGUUUCAUCGAAAUCCCCUCUGCCGCCGCUCAGAAGAUCAAGAGCAAGCUCAACGGGGCAGUUCUGAAAGGCGUCAAGAUUCGGGUUGAACCUGCCCGACCGGACAACAUGCCGAAGCCCGAUCCCGAUGCGAUCAUCAGCACUGCUGCCGGCGGUGACCUGGAGCGCAAAUCGAAGAAGUCCAAAACUGAGAAGCGAGAGAAGAAGAGGAAGCGUGACCCCCAGGAGAUUGCCGGCAUUGAGUUAGAAGAGGGCCGCAAGAUUAAGCGCGGCUGGACGGUCACGCCAGACGAGGCAAAGGCCAAGAAGAAGAAAGAGAAGGAGAGAGAAAAGGCAAAGUCCAAGUCAGGGAAGGACAAAAAGGAGAAGGAGGGGAAGGACAAGAAGGAUAAGAAGAAGAGACGGAGAGAUGCCGAGUCCGAAUACACCGAUGGGCCUGAAUGCUUGGUGAAGACACAACUUCCACCCAACAAGCGUGAUACUGUGGCUGGUGACUCUCAAGGCGAGGCAAAAAAGUCAAAGAAACACAAGACGCACGAAGUUGUUGUCCAUGAGUUCAAGAACACAACAAAGUUCCCUACAUACUUCAAGGCUUCUAAGGGCGCCACUACAUCUGGAACCGGAUAUGAAUUUGUGGAGGGCAAGGGCUGGGUGGACAGCGAUGGAAAUGUGGUUGAGAACAUCAAAAGCACGAGACCCAAGGGCUUGCCAACGACCCUAGUCGAGAGGAAGACUUCCAAGGAUGAUGAGGACGAGGAUGACACUACUAGUAGCAGUGGAAGCUCUUCAGAAGAGGAGGGGGAGGAUUCUGAGGCUGAGGAUGACAACAUUGCUGCGAAGAAGGAGCGCAAAGCUGCACACCCAGCCCUCAAGUCUUUGGCUAUAGAUGUUGCGACCAGCACGGGCUCGGAGAGCCCCCAAGAUUCUGCUCGACCAAAGUCCUCGAGCUCGGCCAGGAGCCUCACAAUCAAGAUACCCCCGGCAACCCCUUCCUCCAACAAAAUCCAUCCUCUCGAAGCUUUGUACAAGCGGCAACAGCAAGACAAAGCAGAGGAUAAGGCAGACACCACAGCUGAUCAGCCUUUUUCAUUCUUCAGCGGGCAGGAUCUUGAGGAAGAAGACGACAACGACCUUGGCCAAGGAGAAGGGGUGGGUGGCUCCGGGAUCGAUAAUGACGAAAACAGCAGUCAGGCAGGUCCCUCCCAGGGCAGCCAGCUGCCCAUGACUCCUUUCUCUAAGCAGGACUUUGAGUGGCGAGGUAUGCGGAGUGCAGCUCCCACCCCCGAUACUGCCCAUCCCAGCCGGUAUUCAAGGAUUUGGCCACUCAGAGAUGACAGGGAGGAGAGCCCAGGCAUCCCAGAGGGUGAGGAAUAUCAUGAUCAAUCGAACAGCCCUAUGGGUGCCAGCCAGGCAAAUGAUGAGGAGGGAGAACAGACCAACCCCAGCACUGACUUCCAGAAGUGGUUUUAUGAGAACAGAGGCGACCUCAAUCGGUCUUGGGCGAAGAGGAGAAAGACAGCAGCCAAGCAGAAGAGGUAUAGGGAGAACAAGGCCCGGGCCGCUUGAUCAACAGAUGGCAGCUAUCGGUUACUUAAUUAGACAGUUGCACAACUGAACAGCCUUUUUUUGGCUCAACACCUGCCACCAUUGUAGUUUAAUCCUUGUCAAUUUCGUCUAUGAAGCCUGGUUAUGCUACUGCCAUGUUCAGUCGAAGCAGC